AUGAUCGCUGGCUUCGUCGCCGGCAUGGUCGAACACAUGGCCAUGUUCCCAGUCGACACCAUCAAAACCCGUAUGCAAGCCCUAGGCUCUUGCCCCAUUAAAUCAAUGGGCAUUCGUCAAGCAAUCCAAUCCAUCUUAAACUCGGAAGGCCCUGCCGGACUUUAUCGAGGUAUUGGUGCCAUGGCCCUCGGUGCCGGCCCCGCACACGCCGUGUAUUUUUCUGUUUAUGAAUAUUGUAAGAAAACAUUUUCCGGUGGGAAUCCGAAUAAUCCGGUGGUGCACGCGGUGUCGGGAGUGUUUGCGACGGUGGCGAGCGAUGCCGUAUUUACGCCCAUGGACGUGGUAAAGCAGAGGUUGCAAUUGGGUAAUAGUCCGUACAGGGGAGUGUUAGAUUGCGUGAGGAGGGUUUUGAGGGAGGAGGGAAUUAAGGCCUUUUACGCUUCUUAUAAGACCACCGUGAUUAUGAAUGCGCCUUACACGGCCGUGCAUUUUGCAUCGUACGAGGCAGUCAAAAGGGGGUUGAUGGAGGUCUCACCGAAAAGUGCCAGUGAUGAAAGGUUGGUUGUUCAUGCUACGGCUGGGGCGUUGGCAGCUGUAGUGACAACGCCGUUGGAUGCGGUGAAGACUCAAUUGCAGUGCCAGGUGAAUUUUGAAUACCCUAGCCUCUGCGAUGUAGUGGUGUUGAUUGAUGAUGAGUUUGGUCCAGGUGGUGAUUUUAAUGGUGGUGGAGGCAGAGGUGGUUUUAAUGGGUUGUGGUUUUAG